AUGCAACGCAAGGUGCGAUCGCUGUGGAAACUGAUCAGGAAGAGCUGCACGCUUAUGGAUGGCUGCACGACCUGGGGCAACAGUCUUUGCUACCUUGACAAGCUUGAUGCGGACUAUGCGAUCGCGAGCAUUGCAGCACAUUUGAACGGUACGGAGGCAAAGUGGCAUGCCCGACUCGGUCUCGACGACUUCAAGGGUGUAGCGCUUGUUGAGGAUCAUGGUCUUGCAGACGAUGUGCACGAUUUCGGCAAGAAGCGAGGAGCUUGUACAACUUGUCGUGGAGCAAAGCGACGAACGAGUCACGAGUCAAUGCUGGAUAAGCACCGAUUGAAAACACCGACGCUGUACAACUGGUGUUGA